AGGACAAAAGACGUCUGAACUGCUAUGCCACCUUGGUUUUAAUCAUCCUCCUCCUCCCCCCAACAGGAGCAGAUGAUCCAGAAUGAGGUAGCCAUCCUCAGGAGGGUGAAACACCCCAACAUUGUCCUGCUGAUUGAGGAGAUGGACACUUACAGCGAGCUCUACCUGGUCAUGGAACUGGUUAAGGGGGGCGAUCUGUUCGAUGCCAUCACGUCCACUAACAGAUACACAGAGAGAGACGCCAGCGGGAUGCUGUACAACCUGGCCAACGCCAUCAAAUACCUCCACAGCCUCAACAUCGUACACAGGGACGUCAAACCAGAAAACUUACUGGUGUAUGAGCAUGCUGAUGGCAGUAAGAGUCUGAAGUUGGGAGACUUUGGUCUGGCCACGGUAGUAGACGGACCUCUCUACACAGUCUGUGGGACACCCACAUAUGUAGCACCCGAGAUCAUCGCAGAGACAGGGUAUGGCCUUAAGGUAGAUAUCUGGGCAGUAGGAGUCAUCGCCUACAUCUUGUUGUGUGGCUUCCCUCCCUUCCGUGGGAGCAGUGAUGACCAGGAGGUGUUGUUUGACCAGAUCCUAAUGAGGCAGCUGGAGUUCCCUCUCCUUUACUGGGACAAUGUCUCAGAGACUGCCAAGGAGCUGAUCAGGUCCAUGCUGCAGGUGGAGGUGGAUCAGAGAUACACAGCAGAACAGGUGUUGGAGCACCCUUGGGUCAAGGAUGGCGGUGUGUCAGAGAAUGAACAGGAGCUGUCAGUAGCAGGAAAGUUAAAGAAGCACUUCAACACCGGCCCUAAAGCUAAUGACACCACCGCCGGGGUGUCUGUCAUUACGUUGGAGCACAGCUUCUGUUUGCAGCGCUCUGGGUCGUUGGACUUCUACCAGCACCCGGCCAUGUACUGGAUAAGGCCACCGCUCUUGAUAAGGAGGGGAAGGUUCUCAGACGAAGACGCAACCAGGAUGUGAGCUCAUGCCUGUUGCCGUUGAUGACAACAACAACAAAAAUGGACAUACCGCCCAGCUACCUCCCAGCCUGACCAUCACCCCCCUCUCUCUGACCUUUAACCUCGUCUUCGCCCUUAAUCCCUCGCAUAGCACCAUUCUCACGGGAGAGGUGAAGAGGUGGAACAGGGAACAGGGGACGGCCGUCCAAAAACAGGAAAAGAAGAAGGGAGAAAAAGAGAAACAUUGUCCCAUGGGACAGAGAGACAGAGACAGGGACAGAGAGACAGAGACAGGGACAUGGGACAGAGAGACAGAGACAGGGACAUGGGACAGAGAGCUGGAGAUCUGGGCAGACAUGUCAGUUAACCCUUUGUGAGGAUCUAUGCUCAACAUGGUAACAGGUCACCUCCACCUGUCUGGGUCAACAUGGUAACAGGUCACCUCCACCUGUCUGGGUCUACAUGGUAA